AUGAAAAAUAAAUCGAUGUAUUUGGAAGCGACUCGAAAUCGUCUUUCUACGAUGAAAUAUUCUCAGUUAAGAAAAGCCGCAAAACGUUAUUCAAUUAAUGCUAAUCAGAAGAAAGAAGUGUUAAUAACGGAACUGUCGAAAAUUUUGAGAGAUCUUGAGUGCAAUAAAGAAAAUAUUACUCCGAAGGAAGUUGCGGAAUCUGAGAUGGUCUUAUCGUGUUCGCCUAAAAAUUCCUUGAAUGAUACACUUAAUCAGACUUUUACUAUUGAACGAAAUAGUGAUAGCGAUUUGGAACCAUGCGUCGAAAAGUUAAUUGCAACAAAUGAGAAUCCACUUAAUAAAAAAAGCAUCUUUGAAUAUAACGAGAAAGCUAAUUUCAUGCCAGCAAAGUCUUCCAGUUUCGUUCGAAAGAUGGAACAAGACGUAAGCGCUUCUUGCAAGGGCAAAUCUGCUACACGUGGUGCACUUGUUGCGCGAUUUGCCGCGAUCCAUCAAAAAUUGGCUGAGAAACAGCUAACUUUGCAAGAGGCAGAUGCAAAUGUGAAGCGGAAGUUUGCAGAACAUGAACGAGAGGUUCCUGAUAUUUUCAAAAGAUUAGCUACACCGAAAGCUUUGAAAACAAAGCCUCGAAUGGAAGUCUCACUGGAGAAUACUGGACAUAAGUUCAAGAAUAUUGAUGAAGAUUUAUCGAAGAUGGAUUUUUCAUUUUCAAAAUUAUAUGGCACAAAAAAUGCUUUCACAGCGGAGCAGAACUACGCUGAUGUUGAUUCACAGUCUCAAGUUGAUGUGAAAGGACUGACGAAAAAACUCAAUACUGAGCAAGUUCGACGAUCCCCAAGGCUUAUUAAAUUAAGCAAAUAUACUAAUUCUGUAAUCGUGCCACAACUAAGUACACGUCUGCAAAGACUGGCUACUCCAAAAGGAAAAAAUCCUGAAGUGUCGUUAACGGAAAGUGAAAAGAAAGCGCUUCGUAGAUAUGGGCGUCGGUAUACACCCUAUCGUCGUAUGAUACCUUAUGUAGACACUACAAAAAUGACUGAUAACCAAUUUCAAGAAGCAAAAAUGCUCGGCAAAAUACAGACGUUCACAGCUGUUUCCGCUUCAAGAAGUGAAAGACGACAGCAACUUCGUCUGAAACGUGACCAGGCUCGUCAACGGAUAUUGACAACAAAACGUGGCUGUUGA